AUGAAAAAUAGUGUUAUAGCUAAUGCUUUAAAUACUAUAAAUUAAUUUGAAUUUGAGUUGGAGUAUUAUGAUUCAGCUAAUCAAAUAAAUCCAGAAAUUGCAGAUUAUUAUUAUGUCAAAGGUAUCAUGAUCAUGAAUACAAUAUAGCUGAUAAUCUAGAGAAUAUGAAUAGAUUUGAAGAAGCAUUGGAGUAUUAUGAUUCAGCUAUUCAGAAAAACCCUGAAAAAGCAGAUUAUUUUAUUGGUAAAGGUAUUUGCAAAACAAAAAUUCUAAGCCAAUACUUUAUACCAAUUAAAAAAUUUUGA